UGCAGGUGGCGGCGCUAAGGAGGAGGAGAAGGAGGAAGAUGACGGUGUCCCGGUGUCCCGUCCGCCGUUGACCUUCUUUACCCUUCACCCCGGGACCAUGAAGGACACGGGGGAAUCAAAGGAGCACCAGCUGACCGUGGCCUUGAGGAUCCGACCCCUCAGCGACGCUGAGCAGGAGGAGGCGGCUGCGGUCGUGGCCCACAGAGUGGACGACCAGAUGGUGGUUCUGAUGGACCCCAUGGAGGACCCCGACGACAUCCUGCGUGCCAACCGCUCCAGGGAGAAAACCUACAUGUUUGAUGUGACGUUCGACUACUCGGCCAAUCAGGAGGAGGUGUACCGAGCCACAACCAAAGGGCUGAUUGAAGGCCUCAUAUCAGGCUACAAUGCCACCGUGUUUGCCUAUGGACCCACAGGCUGUGGGAAGACGUACACCAUGUUGGGAACGGACAAGGAGCCGGGCAUCUACGUCCGGACGCUCAACGACCUGUUCCGAGCCAUCGAGGAGACCAGCGACGACAUGAUGUACAGCGUCUCCAUGUCCUACCUGGAGAUCUACAAUGAGGUGAUCCGCGACCUGCUGAACCCAUCCUCGGGCUUCUUGGACCUGAGGGAAGAUUCUAAAGGCGUGAUUCAGGUGGCUGGAAUCACAGAGGUGUCGACCAUCAAUGCACAAGAGAUCAUGGAACUGCUGAUGAAGGGCAACAAGCAGCGCACCCAGGAGCCGACGGCCGCCAACCAGACGUCCUCCCGCUCCCACGCCGUCCUGCAGGUUGCCGUGAAGCAGCAGAGCCGCAGUCGAGACCUCCUGCAGGAGGUCCGCUUCGCCCGCCUCUUCAUGAUCGACCUCGCCGGCUCCGAGCGAGCAGCACAGACCCAGAAUAGGGGUCAGCGGCUGAAAGAGGGGGCUCACAUCAACCGCUCCCUGCUGGCUUUGGGCAACUGCAUCAACGCCCUGAGUGACAAAAACGGAAAGUACGUCAACUAUCGAGACAGCAAGUUGACUCGGCUCCUAAAGGACUCGUUGGGCGGGAACAGCCGAACGGUCAUGAUCGCCCACAUCAGCCCCGCCUCUGUGGGCUUUGAGGAGUCUCGUAACACGCUGGCGUACGCCGACCGUGCCAAAAGCAUACGAACACGGGUAAAGAAGAACCUGAUAAAUGUGUCAUACCACAUUGCUCAGUACACAAACAUCAUCUCAGACCUGCGCAGCGAGAUCCAGCGGCUCAAAGCGAAGAUCGCGGAUCAGACGAGCCGCCAGCUUAACGCGGACCGGGCCGACAUCCGCCACGUCCAGGCGGAGGUCCAGGCCCACUCCAGCCACCAGAGCCGGGCGGAGAUGGACCAGUUGAGGGAGCAGCUCCUCGAUGCCUUCCGCCAGCAGAUGGAGAUCAGGAGGAACCUGAUGGAGUUGGAAAACGGCAACAUGGAGGUCCAGAUCGACACCUCCAAGCAUCUGUUAACCAUUGCAGACUGGGAGCAGGAGCGCAGCAGGCGCAGGAGGAAGUGGCGAGCUGAAAGGAGGAAGGAAAGUGUCAAUAAAGACGAGAGCGAGAAGGACUCUGACUCCCCGGAGUCUCCUCCGGACAGCACGGAGACCCAGCAGGUGGCCAUGGCUAGAGAAAACCUGGUGACACUCAUGGCGGAACAGAAAAAGAUCCACAAACAGAAGGCGUUGCUCGAGCGCAGGUUCCUGGAGCUGCGGGAUCGGGCCCGGCGCCUGGAGGAGCUGCUGCCUCGCCGCGUGAGUUCGGAGGAGCAGCGCGAGGUGCUGUGCCUCCUCUGCAAGGUGCACGAGCUGGAGAUCGAGAACACGGAGAUGCAGUCCAACGCGCUGCUCAAGGACAACGUCAUCCGCCACAAAAACUUUGUGGUGCAGCGCUUCGAGCAGCACAGGCACCUGUGUGACGAGAUCAUACAGCAGCAGCGACAGUUCAUCGUUGACCACAGUCUGCUGGUACCUCCACACCUCCAGGAGCUGUAUGAGAUGUACAUGAGGGAACUGGAUGAGAGGAAACUGGACCGAGCCAUGGCCCUGGAUAAAGUGACCACAAGGCACACCAUCAAGGAGGGAUCUCUGCCCAAGAUCACCCUGCCCGGUCAGGGUCGUGACAACAUGCAGGACAUGGACUCGGACCAGGAGAGCGUACGCAACAUGUGCUCGGAUAACAGACGAGGCCCCGCCAAAACCCGGAGACACACUCUGCCCCCCAUCCUGCCUGAGCCAGAGCUCGACAAUAACAGAGUUUUCAAGAGCAGUCCUCACGCCAGGCAGAUGAAACACACAGCGGCGGUGCCCCCGCCUCCCAUCCACAUCAACGGCAAGGGCAACAGAGAGCUCCAGCCGCUGCUCCCUGAGAGCUCUCUGAGCUACAACCCUCUGAGCCACAGUGUGAGCAGCCACCUGGACUCAUCCACCGAGAGCAGCGAGGCCGGGGCCGACGUCCCCCUUUUACAGAGUGAGCGGCAGCAGAUCCUAAAGGGGGUCCAGAACAUCGUGGUGAAAGCAGCGCGCCGCCGCUCCAAAGCGCUGGAGGCGGACGCCCUGCGGCUGCCCCCUCCCCCCUCGCCCCUGGACCCCAAGAAGCAGAAGAGCAGCGCCUCUCUGAGCGAAGCCCCUCGGCGAGGCCUGCCGGUUCGCCGCGGCAGGCGGCCCAGCCCCGACCUCCGGCACGCCACCUCGGACGACAACCUGUCCAGCAGCACGGGGGAGGGGCCCGGCCUGCUGGUGACCUGGACGCGGCCGCUCAACCGCCAGCCCGCCGCCAAGAACCAAACGCCGCGCGACGCCGACUUCGAGGCUCGCCGCAAGAAGAGGCGGUCUCGCUCCUUCGAGGUCACCGGUCAAGCGCUCCCUCAGACCAAGACGACCACGGCCCAGAGGUUCCGUCCUCUGGACAGCACAUCGGACCACCACCUCCACAUCGCCGCUCCGACGCUCCGCCCCCAUUACAGAGGGGUCCCUCCCCUCGCCAAAAUCCGGGCGGCCCACAGCACCCAGCAAACGGGCUCAAACGCGGAGUCCUCCAGCCUGAAGCGGGGGGCCCAGCUGCGUCAGCCCCAGCCCCUCCAUCACAUCGCCACUGCAGGCACCGGGGGCCAGCGCGCGCGAAGACACUGAGCCAUCGCCCCCACAUUUAAUGGGUGUGCGGGGGGUCAACCCCCGGGUGACGGGAGCAGGAUUAUGAGGCAAUACGGCACCCCAAAGGGUCCGCCCUGUGCUCGGCUGCAGACCCUUUGCAACUGCGGACGCCAAAGAUAGCGAAACGUGUUCCGUCCUGUCGAGUGUUUCCACUGCGGCUUGCUGUCGUGCUGCAUCGCGUGUCGUCUCGUGUCGUCCUGUCAGUCGGGCUGGCGUCCAGCUCUCUGUGCUAAUGUUUGUGCGCUCUUGAGUAUGUGCGGUUUGGUAAAGAAGCAUUAAGCUUAAAGGGUGACGUCGUAAACGAGGACGGGGAUACGGUUGGUUUUGUUAGACGAAGCGUUAAAAGAAAGAAGCAGACAGGAUAUUCUACUAAUGGCGAUAUACAAAUUGUAAAAGGCCUACUGUCAAAUAUUUUUCUUUUAGUGAGGUUGUUCCAAUUUAAUGACACACUAAUAUUUGACGUUAAAAAACAACAACCUCGGAUCAUCUUGAUUGUUGUGCACUUCUUCUCACUCGUCCGCGUCUUUGCCUUUUCUUUUUACCCAAACGUGAGUGUUUUAAUGUCAUGUCUGUUUGUGUGGAUGUAUAGUACCACAAGUUGCUUUUCCAGAUUAGUUGGCUGUAAUUUUAAUGUAAUUGUGUGUUGCCUUUUCUUUGAUGUUGUUGUCGUCAACAUUGUUUUCAUAAUUGCUACUUUCUAUGCUUUAUUUUGUACAGUUUUUUUUCAUUUGUACCAAAAUAAAUUCAAAUGAG